CCACCGGAGCCUUAAAAACGCCAGGCUGGAAGUCGGGCUCGCAGAAGCACGGUCGGGAAAGGCACUGGGUCCAGCUGCGCUCUAGCGCGCACAGAGAAAAGUAAAGUCUGCCGAACUUAAGUCUUUAAAUUCCGGGAUUCUGUUUUGUGACAAAGCCAAAUCUUGUCAACGCAGAGAAAAAAAGAAAGAAAGGCAGCAUGGAUUUUCUAAAUCACAACUAUUUGAACGCUCGCACCUCUUACGAUUACACCUUUAAUUUCUGGAAUGACUACCUGGGUCUGUCGACGUUGGUCACGAAAAACAGCAAAAGCAGCGUACCCCAAAGUCAGAACUCCAUCACGGAGUCCCUGAAAGCGACGCUGGGCUUGGGCGAUUCCCCUACCUGCUCGUGUAUACUCGGGGGCAGCGGGGAAGGUGGGCAUUUGGACUGCUGCUGUCCCUCGUCCAGUCCCCCGCCUCCCUCCAUCCUCGACCUGAAGGAGCGCUUCUCCAUUUUCAGCCCCUUCCCGGGCCAGGGCGCUGGCGUCCCCCCGCAAGACAGGGACCCCGGCUUUGCCGGCAGCUUCGCCGGUUUCGACCUCUUCGGCAUGGAGAGGAAAGUCCGAAAACCCGCCCCCAGGAGCAAGCAGGAGCCCAAGAUCUGCGUCUUCUGCAGGAAUAACGGGGCGCCGGAGGAGGUGUACGGCUCCCAUGUGCUAAAGACACCCGACGGGAGGGUUGUGUGCCCCAUUCUCAGAGCCUACACCUGCCCCCUAUGCAGUGCCAAUGGGGAUAAUGCCCACACGAUAAAAUACUGCCCGCUUUCCAAAGAUCAGCCAGCCCAGCGGCCACUGAAGGGAGGGAGGGCAGUGGGUGGUAAGAGACUCAAAAUAUUCUAAAUAAUUACAAAUAAAAUAGAUCAUAAACUUAAAUUACGAGAAUUGCACUGAAACCUCUUUUUUUUCCCCCCUCGAAUGACUGUUUCAAUUACGGCUUUCCCUGGUCCUAACUGCUACGGUGUUGUUUUCUUCACUUCUAAAAGAAAACAAAUAACUUUCCAAAACCUGUAACCUUUUUUUAAGAAAACAAAUAUAGUUAUGUCUAUUUUUAUUUUGAAGUCAUCUUUAUGUUGCCCACGUUUGUACGCAGUUAUUGGACAAAGUUAUUGGGAUGCACCUUCAUUCGUAACCAUGAAGUGGUAUUUUGUUUUUGUGAGAGGGAAAGAGCUAUCGAUUUUGAAAAUAUUAUUUUUGAGAGACACAUAGCUAUAUUUCCCAAGUACGUUUUAUUUUAUUAUUUUUUUCGAAUUUGUAAGCUAAGCUUACUUUGUUUUCUCUUGCUUGACUGAUGAACCAAAGUUUAUUUCGACCUAUUUAAAAGAGAAUGUUUUUCAUUCUGUUAUUUAACAACUGAUGUCGGAUGUCAACCCCCCCUUUAUUUUCGGUCUGUUGGGUAUUUUUUUUUCAGUCGCCUUUUUCAAUCCACAAUGCUCUUUCAAGUCGUGUUCUCGAGUUAAAGGCCGUGACAUUUCAUAUCGGUGAGAAGAAAGAGCUACUUUACACAAAGGGCGCUCUGUUAAACCCCGGUUUGCUUUUAGUAACUUCGUAAACUUCUUAGCAGUUGCUUUGCCAAAUUACUGUUGCGUUUUGUAAUACUAGCUGAUUCACCGUGUCCGCCCGUCCCCCUCCCCUCUUUUUCCGGUCAUAAAUACCCAAAUCAAAGCUACUCCUAAUGUUUACAAACUCGAUAGAAGGUAAGACACUGGAUUUUCUGUCUUUUAGAGUUUCAUUCAGUUCCGUUUUCUUUACCGCUUCUUUCAGCUUUAAGGGUUAAUCCCCUGUUAGUGCCAGAGGAACUUGGAUUGCUUUUCAUUAUUUCGGUAAAUUUCUCAAAGCAAAUAUACUAAGAUAGUAUUGUUACCCGACUUCCACAGCACGAAUGGAACUAUUGAAUGUCAUAUAUAUAUAUAAAGCUUUUAAACAAUGUAUUAUCCCUUUUUUUGUCCGCAUUGUGUACAAUUCUAAAUCCAAAAAGACGCAAACUUGUAGUGAAUGUACUGAAGAAAUAAAUUGAGAAGUGACUCUAGGAGGACUGCACAUUUCAUACGGUUUUGUUUACCAAAGGAAUACAAUUUUAAUUAAAUGAAAAAAAAUGUAAUAGAUUUGCUGUAUUGUAUAUAAAAGUGUGUAAUGAUUAUUCAGUAUUUUAACAUUAUAAUAACUGACUUAAGAGGGUACUACCUCAACAGAAUUUUCAAAUAAUUACAAAUUUGUACUUAUAUGUAAAAUGUCAACAUUUGCAGUUUAUAAAAAUAGUGCUGCCAUUUAUAAUAAGGGUUUUUAAUAGUAUUUUUUGGAUCUUUGUAUAACAUAAUUGUAUUUUUUUUGCCUUCUACAUUUUGGGAGUGAAUUACAGAUAAGCUCUAAGCAUUGUUUGCCAAAAGGCAGGUGUUGUAAAUACUAUCUGUGACUUUUUGAAGUUGUUAAAUGUUCCAUGUUUUUUUUUUUGGAGAGAGAGAAAUGAGAGAGAGAGAGUGGGUUAUGUUUAUGAAAAUAGACAUUUUACCAGUUUUAACUGAAGUUUUUAAUUAAAAAGAAACACUGUUGAAUUUUGUUAUUUAUAUUUUGUCACCAUUUUCUGUAUGCUGCAGUGCAGAAUUUAAAAAAAUGAAUUCACCACAGAAAUAAACAGCUUAUCCAAUAUUUUAACUCAUAA